AUGAAGCAACAACACCAACUCGUCCUGCUGGUCUUCGCCGCGCUCUUCUGCCUGACCGCUGCCGACUGCGCUGUGCGGAUCGAACAGUCGCUGGGCUCGGCCUGGAACGGCGCCGGCGGCGUACCCAUGUCCCAGUGGAACGCCCGCAUCGUCUCCUCCGGCUCCGAGACCGUCACCGCUCUCCAGGUGGCCUUCGGCGCGCCCACCACCGCCAUCGACCAGGUCUGGGGCCUGGAGCCGGUGGCUGGCGCCAGCCGCGUCUACGACCUGCCAGACUACGUCAUUCUCAACGGCGGCCUCGCCUCCGGCCAAGCCUUCAACUGGGGCUACAUCUGGGAGUCGUCCGCCCAGGCGCCCCUGUCCGUAGCCUCCGUCCAGUGCUCGGGCGGCGCCAGCCCGACCGCGGCGCCGUCGGCCAGCUCAAGCCCAGUGACUGCGCCGUCGGCCAGCUCGAGCCCCGUGACCGCACCCAGCGCUUCGCCCACCAUCGUCGCCUCGCCGGCCCCGUGCCAGCUGUCGGUGUCGCAGACCACCCGCCCCAGCAGCGCCGGCGGCUCCUGGACUGAGGGCGACUUCUUCUUCCAGAUCUACGACCUGACCCUUCUCAACUCUGGCUCGCGCCCGGUCAGCUCGGCCGUCAUCGCCAUCGACACCACCUCCAACCAGCAGCAGGUCAUCACCCAGUUCUGGAACCUCGAGCGACAGAGCGCCACCUCGGACCUCUUCAACGUGCGUAACCCGGGAGGCAACAUCGAGGUGGGCGCCACUCUGGGCGCCGGCUACAUCGUGCGCACGCCCCUCUCGGCCGGCUCUCAGGUGCCGCCCACGACCCGCCUCGUCUCGGUCAACUGCGUGGGAGGGCCUUCGCCCACCAUCGUGGCCACUCCGCAGCCCUCGGCCUCGCCCACCAUCGUGGCCUCCCCGCAGCCCUCGGCCUCGCCCGCGGCCGGGUGCAACGCCGCGGUGAGCAUCGUGGCCCGCUCGGCGGCGGCCGGCGGCAGCUGGACCACGGGACCCAACCAGUUCUUCCAGAUCUUCGACAUCACCAUCACCAACACCGGCCAGCGCCCGCUCAACGGCGGCGUGCUCACCUUUGGCCUCCCCGUGGCCGGCUCCACCAUCACCCAGUGGUGGGAACUCAACCGACAGGGCAACACCAACGUCUUCAACGUGGCCUUCAACUUCGGCCCACUACUGGUGGGUGCCAGCCAGGGCGCCGGCAUCGUGGUGCAGACCUCGUCGCCCUCGCAGGCCCUCCCGUCGGCCGUGCUCUCCAACCUCGCCUGCGCCGCCUGA